AUGCCAGCGGGCUCCAGCAGUUUGGUGCCCAUCUUUGAGGAUGACUUAGAUCCUGAUGAGGUUGCAGAGUUGGAGAAAGCAGCAGUUAAGUAUUAUUCUGAGAGACAACCUCCAAUUCUGGCUGCUAAUGUUUACUCUGCCUUUGUGGACACUCUGGACCUUGGGCUGAACCUGAACCGGUCCCUGCUCAUUCGAAAAGGCCCUGCCAGUUAUGAGCAAGACUCCGAGGAUCGAGUGCUGCCCACCGUGCCCCAUUUGGCGACCGAGCCGGGAGAGCUUCACGCGUCCUCUUUUUGCUCCCCUUCCAGAGAGGGACCCUUUCGGGCCUGGGAGUUUAUUACAGCUCAGGCAGGAAAGAGAAAAACGCAAUUAAAGAAAUCAUUUCGGCUCUGCAACGUCGGACACUUCAAUAGUAACGAGCGGGUGUCCGGGGACGACGCGUUUGGAUCACAAGGACAAGUCCUAGGUUUUGAGACAAAAGACCACUGUGACUGGGCUAAAAAAAAGCAACACUGAUGUGAUUCAUGGAGAUUAAGUCAUACCCAAGAAUGGCCAGGCGAUGUGAAUUUUAUUUAUAGUGAUAUUUUAAAAGGAAGACAUAAACUCGCCUCUGGAAUCUGCUACACUGUCAAUUCUGGAGCCACUGGGACUCCGCUCAGAUAUUCUGUUGUCUGCUGUCAUGGAGAUCCUGCAGCUUUGGGUCUGCAGGACCGGCCUUUUCAAGUGUUCCAGCAGUUCACAGAUGGGGUAGAUGUUGGGUUAGAGACUGGCUAUGUGGUUUGCCUUACAAAACAGAGAAGUGGAAUUCUGUAUCCAAAAGUCAGACUAAACAUCAAUGAAGAUUUACAAUUACAUUCUCAAUAGGAAAUUGAGGUUGGAAAUGAAGUGUUUCAAGAGGAGAACCUAUGUUAUACAGUGUAUUAUACAUUUUCUGUUACAAAAGAAUCCCAUUCUGAUUUUUCAUAUAGACCAUGUCCCUAUAUUGUUAGACUUGUUCACUGGCAAACUGGUCACACAUGUCAGUAAUGUCUUCAGGACAUAUUAAUUUUUCUUUCUUUUAAUUAAUGCAGUGUUAUGACCCUAAUUGUUUUCUCAAGCCCUGCUUGUCAUGUGGAGGAAGUUCAAAUAACAACUGAACUGAGUAUAUCUGAGGUGACAGCAAUCAGUUUGAAGACAGAGAACCAUCAAAUUAGAACUUUAUAUUAUUAUCA